AUGUCGCGAGUUUACAUCGGAAAUCUAGGGAAUAAUGGCUCUAGACGCGAGCUAGAACGAGAAUUCGAACAUUUUGGUCCCCUCCGCGACGUAUGGGUCGCUAGAAAUCCGCCUGGUUUUGCGUUUGUCGUGUUUGAAGACUCCCGCGAUGCGGAAGAUGCCUGCCGUGAAAUGGAUGGAAGAUAUGUUUGCGGAGAGAAAGUUCGCGUGGAAAUGGCUCGAGGGCCAACCCGGGGUGGAAGAUCUCAAAGAUCAGGAAUAACUGAAAAAUGUUACGAGUGCGGAAGAGUCGGGCAUUACGCUCGGCAGUGUACAAGACGCCCCGGAGGUGGUGGAGGAGGUCGAGACUUUCGAGACCGAAGAAGACGCUACUCGCGCAGUCGGUGAGUUUCAACACUUUUUCCUCGGUUAAGUAACAUUUAAUAAUGUUCGUUUCAUACCAUUGUUGAAUUCAUUUUUCGGGCUAUCGAUCCUGAUGAGGGAUUUAAUAAUACGACGCGGUAAAAAUCGAGGUAAAUCGUAGAGCUCAACACGUCGGAUCCCAUACUCUUGGUUAUGGUAGCUUAGCUUUCGUUUUUACGUGGAUCUGGGUGAAUCAGUACGAUUCCGGCAUUCAUUUCAAAGGUAACACACAGCAAGAAGUACUACAGUUUCCAGCGGUUGGAGUCCUAAGCGAAGAUCUUCCUAUAGCUUUUGUUUUCUAGUCCAUCAUAUGAAGCUCCUUUUAUGCAAAUUUAGCCUACUAUCUAAUUAAUCUUCUCCCACUUUUUUCCAUAUCUUAGUCAAGCUAAUAAAAACUAAGUUUGACUACUCGGAAGAAGCCCUAUUUCUUAAUCCUUUCCUUCGUUGUAGAUUUGCAAAGCAUAAAGUGUAUGGUUACGUUUCUAGAAAAAAAUAGUGUUAUUCAUUGUCAGCAAAUUUACAUUGAAUAUUUUUUUGUAAAGUUUACCUGUAGUGUUUUAUCUUUGCUCAGUACUGUAGUAAAGCUCCUACCGAUUCCUAUGGUAACUGAGUGUGCCCUCAAAGGACAUAAGCACAAACAUGGGAAUCAAUACUUUAGCUUGUGCUUAUAAUGUGCAAACCUAGCGAGGAAUGAGUUCUUUUGUGGGUAAAGUGGGUUGACACAAAAACUGCUACACAUUUGAUUGACAAUCACAACUGAUAACUUCUAAUCAUAUUUUGGAAAGGAGCUUAUGAAACUAAUAAUACAGAGUUUUGUUUCGUACAUCAGGGAGUUAAACUAUUGCGUCAGUUGUCAAUUCAACUGAUGAACAAUGUAUGCAUCUCUCACACUUCCAGAGGUGAUUCUACCUACCCUGGGUGCGUGCCUCUGUUCUACUCUCCCCUGCGGCGUCUACGAGUGACACGCUUUCGACCUUCCAUCGCAACUGCAAGCAUAUAGCUUAUAGCUUCUCUACCCACGAACGUGCCGGGUUUAGCAAAUCACUUCCCUAGCAUUACUGCCCAGCGUCUCUUCUCUGGUACUUAUAGCAGUGAGUAAGUAAUGCCUCAUUAUCCACAUAAGUCUGACUCAAGCUAUUAAACCACAGGGCAGUUAUUUAUUAAUGUCAUCUUAUUUUCAUUUACAUGUCAUGCAUAUUCAGAGGGCCGUAAGUUAGAAAACUGUAAAAGGUUAUUACGUCUCCCUCUUGAAAUAAAGUUAUUGUAUUGAAUAUUCUAAACUAGUUUUUCAAUUUCUGAACCCAUCUUUCAAUGCUGUGCCCUAAGAAAAUUUUCAUGGGCUCAGAAGCUCUUAAUGCUCAACAUUCAAUGUUGUUCAGAAACUAAGAUGUCCUUGUUGCCCAAAAGCAAAAGUAAGUUCUCAAGGGCAACACAGGGCACUGCUAAUAUAAUGCACAGUCCUCCGCCUAGAGUUGGGAAUAAGACAGUGUUUUGGAAUAUGCUGGGAACCCUGGAACCCUUCAUGCAGAAGUCAAAUUAAACAUUUUGAUUGUUAUGUUCAAUUAUUUUUUGCUGUAUAUUUUGCAGUUUGAUCUUGUUUGAGACAGACUUUUUACAGAUAUGACUUUGCCUGCCCUUUUUCUCAGUGAUGCCAUGUAAUCUCAAAUAAAAAAAGAUUUUCCAAAUGUGCUGCUAGGGUUUUGUUUUGCUUUGAAUCUCAAAUCUCAAAUUUGAAUUCAAAGUUGCUUAUAGUAUAAAAUGCAGAUGUAACAUUUCUUGAAGAAUAAUGUUUUAAAGGAAUAAAUAAUAAUAAUCAGCUCAUGCUAGUUCUCUGUAUAGAGUAAUAUCUUGUCGUUAUAUUAACUGUUUAAAUAACCCACUGAUAAAAUGAGGCAGAAAAUCAAGUUGUAAUUGACUUACUGGUAAAUGAAUUACAUCAGGAGAGACCGGGUAAAUUUUGUAUCAUUGAGACAGGAAAGAAUUUUGAGGGCCAUUUAUUUAAGGAAAGAUAAGGCGCAAACUAUCCCAUAUAAAUGGCAUAUUUGUUAUUUGCCCUUACACAUGGUCUUUGAUAAUACACAUCUUAGUGUGCCAUUUAUAUGGGAUAGUUUGCGUCUUAUUUGGCACAAGUCUUUUUUCCUUGUAUAAAUGGCCCUGUUGUGUUUUGGAGAUAGAAAUCCUUGAAGACUUGAGGAUUGAAUCUCUCGCGCAGGUUUCUUAUUAUUUUGUGUUAAGCAAAAAAAUUAACUCACUCAUCAAGUUAGAGGUUUAAGUUUGUAAAGUAAGGUUGAACCAUUGUUAAAUUUAAAUUAAAAACAAGUAAAUUAAUGUUAUUUCUUUGUUAAAUUUGUACGUGGAAUAUUUAGUUAGUGAAACUAUGAUAGUCUGAAAGUUUGCUCUCCACACUGCAUUUAAAAAAGUGUUGAUUGAACAAAGCCUACUGAAUAAAGGGUUUGCAGGCUCCUUGAAAGGCCUUGAAAAUGGCAGUUGGUGCUAGAAAGUCCAUGAAUUUCGGCGCUAACUUUAUCCAUCCCAAGAACUGCAAAAACAGAGAAGCAAACACAGAAAGACCCUCAGGAUAAAAUUGCACAUGUUUUGGAAGGACUAGACUCAAGACCGCUCUUUUUUGCGCUCAGUGGAGUCCUUGAAAAAUGGGAAAUAUGUCCUUGAAAGUCCUUCAAUUUUUUGUUUAAAAAAAGGGUGCGGACCCUUUGAAUAAGAGUUGGUGAAAAUGGAAAGCUGUUGUAUAGUUGCAUCUUCAGUUUUAUGGUUGUAUUCAUAACAUAACUACAGUUUGAAUAAAGUGUUUAAACUUGUCGUUUAGAACAAAACUAAAACAGUUGUUCCUCUGAUUGUUUUUAAUACAUGUCCUUUAAUAAAAUAAUCAUGAGAAGACAUGUUAGAAGGUUAAAUUAAUACUCUGUCAACACCCAACUAAAAUGAAACAUUCUCUUUUUGAAAUAAAAAUACUGGUUGUUCAUGCUAUUCUUGCCUUGAUAAUCAUGUACUGUCACAAACAUUUUUAGACAGCUUGGUGUAAUCUACAUAAGGCUGUAAUGAAAAAUACUCCCACAUUUUGACUAUACAUACAAUGAUAACAGUUUAAUAAUAUGUCUAAAAUCUUUUUUUUUUUGAAUCUCUUUCCUGACAUGAUUAAUAAGGAAUGCUCGUUUGGAGUUAUUUCUUUUUGCCUUGAUUUAUGUUAUAUGGGGACAGUACUUUGUCAAAUAACAAGAGAACAUUUCUAAAGUUACUUUUCAUUUUAUUUUUAACAGAUUAUUGUAUUAUGUAUCGCAAAGAAAGUAUUUUUGACCUGAAGCAUCUUUGAUUGUUUUAGAUCCCGAUCUCGCUCUCCCAGAAGAAGACGUAGUCGAAGCAAAAGCAGAAGUCGGUCACCAAGGUUAGUAAACUCCAAAUCUGCCAGUAGAGAUGAGCGCAAAUCUUUCACCUUCAUAAUCAAUGCAUUAGUCUUGCUUUUUGCUCUUCUUAGAUGCCUGUACAAACCAAGUGCCACAUAGGAAAUCCUAACGAACACCCUAAGUAUUGUUGUUAACCCUUUAAGUCCCAAUAGUGACCAACAUCAAUUUUCUCCCAACGAUAUCCGUACAUUGUCAAGAGUUUAGGUUAUGAGAAUUUAUAAAAUGAUCACCUAAGAGGAAAUGCUUUGAUCUUUUGUCAAAUUCUCUUAACUCAUUCUUUAAGGAAAUAUAAUUAUAGAGAUCAGUUGGAGAAUUUGUAUGUGGAUACUGGGGCUUAAAGGGUUAAGGGACAAUCGCAGAAAUAUGUCUUGACUUAGGAAGGAUAGCUUUCUGAACUGAGGUUCUAAAUGGUACCUCCACAACAUGACAAAAGUGCUGUCUAAUAGCCCAGGGCUAAAGUAACGACCUGGUCUGACUAGCGCGUCAGUUUGUUUAUAGUUGUCAGAUGGGUAAGCAACAUUUUCUAAAACAAAGCAAAUGUUAGGUAAAGGGGGAUGGAUAGGCCCGUAUGACUGCUUCUGGCUAGUUAACCACAGCCUGCAUGAAUGGAAACAUUUUUAAAUUAUUAUUUUCUCACCUUGAGGUUACUUUGCAAGGGCAAACAAAGGCUUGUAUGCAAAGCCCAAGAAGACUCUUAAACUCCUGAAAUUGUCCCUGUUUUUACCUUCAAACAUUAAGACUAUUUAAAAAGAGAAUCUCAUAUUUCAAGCAUCCCUUCAAAUGAUGAUAGAGUAAUGUUGUUUUAGAUGUCAUCCCUUGCAAGGGGUUUAGGAUGGGAUUGGUCCAGAUUCUUGGGUUGGUGAUGUACCAAGCCCUCUCACAUGCAUGUAUCACCUUUGGACUCAGAAGAUUGGUACUUGGCUAGUAGUAGAAGGCCAAUUUUUUUCUUAUGAUAUUCUUUACCUUUACUUUUAGAAGGCGUUCAGGAUCAUAUGAAAAAAAGUCAAAAUCUCGCUCUAAAUCUCCCAGUAGGAGUCGUUCUCGCAGUCACAGCCAAAGCAAAGAGAAGUCCAAUAAAGAAAGGUACAUGUAUAGAGUUAUGAUUCAGUUGAAAGCUGCUUAAAAUGUCAAUGACAGCCCUGACAUGAAAUCUAAAGUCAGCCUAAGGGCCACUCGUUUUGUUGUAUCAACAUUUGAACAAUUUUGGUGCACAGAAUGGCUCUAUUUUCACUUUCUGUGUCAUGUGAUUCAGGAGUACCAGUCCAGACAAGAGCCAGGACAAAAGGAAAGAAGAACAUGAAGAUGCCGAAGAGCAAGCUACUAAAGACCGUACUGAGAAGAAAGUUGAACUGGAGCAGAAGUCACGCAGUCCCUCACCUGCCCCGAAUGAGGAGGAAAAUCAGAACAAUGAUGAUGAAGCUGAAGCCAAUGCUGAUGCUGAUUAA